AUGGAUUACAGUGGGAAUACGAAUAGCGUCAGUAGAAGAAAGCCCAAUAUUGCUAGCCAAAAUGGAACUCGAAGUGAUACCUUCAAUUGCACUGAUGAGGGUAUGGUAGCGACAUCACAAUUCAAUUGCUCUGCUGGGAAUGACCUCUCCUUGGACGACCCUAAAUCUCCUGGCGAGGCAGUGAGCUUAAAUAACUCAAGAAGUGAAUGUUCUCAAGCUCUUGUAAAGCUUCUGGAGGACCUGAAAGACACACUUUUGGAAUCAACGAAAACAUGCAAUGCAACCUUGAGGGAGAGCACUAUAGCCUCAAUUGAGACUGUACUGAAACAGAUUAGGGCUCGAUUGAAUGAGCCUGUUAUAAGCGAGAGUCUCAACUAUAAAUCCAUUGAAUGUUCCCAACCACGCUGUUCGGAUGUGCCUACCGUUCUACGUGAAGUUGAAAGGAGCAUACGAUCUCUGAAAGAGGGGUCCUGUGGAUCAAGUAAACUCUCCAACUCGGCAGUACGACCUCCCUCCUUGAAGGUAAAUUCGAUCGAAUUGCCUCCAACAGAGGUGGAGCAUACGAACUCACUGCGCAAGUCAGUCGCAUCCAACCGAGAAGAAGGUUUGCGCGGAAACUCAUGUAGCCCAAGUGUUGCUACCAAAACCUGUUCUUUAAAGGAUCCCGCAGAACCCUCCGCAAUAAGGCUACGAAGUUCAGGGGGUCUCAAAACUUCCCUGAAAGAUGAUCCCUCUUCCUUAAAAUAUUCGAAUGCAGGUCAUACUGUGGCGCGUUCUUCGAGGCUUCAAGCGAGCAAAUGUAGUGACGCGGAUCAGCAGAGAUCAGCAUCUGUGAUUUCUCAAGCUUCAUCUGCCAAAGGACCACCGACACCUCAAGAUUCACCUUUGAUGGUGGCGCCUGCCAGAACUUCCUCCAGUAUAAAAUCUGGUAUCUCUAACAAAUAUAGUGGGAGCAAUCGCAGCGGUCAGCCUAUCGGAGAAAACACAGGCUUUGCAAAGAGUGCUAGUAUUUCAAAAGCCUGUGAACUACCUGAAUCAAAAGGAUCACUUACUGGAUCGGAUAGAAAUGCAUUGGAGGGCAGUUGUCGGGGUUCCAAUGGCCUCGCUUCCGUCGUCUCUUCAAACGCGGCCUCAGAGCCCAAUGGCUCUGAUUAUGCAUGCAUCAUUCAAGAGAGGGCGGAUUCUGCUGCAGAUCGACUUUCUACCCCGCCACGAUGCUCUGAGUCCAUGGAACAGCUAGCGCAGCCGACUAAAGAUUGUGCUUUAAAUAAAGAUAGGAGCCUUACCACUGACAUGGAACCUGGAAGUAGGAAGUCUACAAAGCUCUCAAAAAUACUGCGCUCAUUCAGAUCUCAUUCUUCCCGAAGUUCAAGAUCCAAGCAGGGAUCGCAGAUCGCGGAUCCAGUAGAGUUGUGUGCAAAGCUCUUGACAAUUUGCGCUGGAAGUGUUGGGUCCACUCGACUUGAAACUUGCAGCCCGGAGGCUCUCUAUGCAAAGAUAGUCUCCAUGGGUCCGGAGGGGGAGGAGUUUCUCCAGAGUGCUCAUGACUACUUGAACACAUCUCGAAGUCAACAACCAUGUGGUAGCAUUCCUCAAGAGGCAGCUCGUUACAGUCGAAAAAGUUCGGAUUCUAAGCAAUCUCUUUCAAAGCGAAAAGAAUCCGAAGAAAUGUGCGAAAUCGCUCAAACCCGGAGGUCUAGUUCACACUCUUCCAAAAUGACUGAUCAAAAUUCGAGGGAAGCAUCACAUUUGGAGAGUGGAUUAACCGAAAAGUGUAUUGAGCGAAGCAAUUUAAAAUCAGGCCAGGACCGACUCUCGGAGAAACCGACAGAAGUAGAGAUUUUAGAGACACUGAAGGAGGUGCGUGAGAGCAUGCAAAAUAUUGAGUCAAAACAGGAUACAAUGCAGAUAAAAGUGGAUCCAGAAGUACUGGAACUUCUCUACGAUAUGCGCAAUAGUUUAAAUUCGCCUAGCCGAGGCAAAGAUUCUGAUGUUCAUGAUGCCGAGGCAGUGUUAGGCUCUACAAAAUCUGGUCAUGACGAAUACUAUGACACAGGGCCGAGAAAUGCGUCUGUUUUGACAAAAGGCGCUUUUGAGGAGGUGGGGGGUUGUAAUGUGGAUUUUCGAUCACCAAGCUCAAGACUCUCGCCCCAGUACCUUAGAGAAGGCGGUCUCACUGAUCCACGAACCUCGUGUGGCACUCGUCCAACUCAAAGGUCAAAACUGAGCAUGCGUAGUAUGCCACCGCAGGAAGGUAUGGAGGCUUCCGAAAUGCGCAGCACUCUUAAUUAUAUUCGUCAAAGCAUUAGUGCCAUUGAGUGCAGAGAUGCAAGUAGUCCCGGACCUGAGGUGCUAAAUAUGCUCACUGAGGUUCGAGAUAGCAUUAGAACUCUUAGCACCGCUCAACAGGAGCAGAUGCCAGUGCAACCGGAGGUACUUAACGCACUUGAAGAAAUCCGUGAAACUAUAGGGAGUGUGGAGGAGAGAACCCACACGGCCCAGGAACAGGCGAAUCAAGAAAUGAUGGCGAUGCUGGAAUCCGUGCGGCAAAGUAUUCGCGCUGUUGAAAUCGCAAAUUCUGAAAAAUCAGAGCUAAAAAAUCAACAAAUGAUGGCAACACUGAACGAGAUGCGUCAAUCAGUUAAUCGACUGGAAACAAAAUCCGCGAUGUCCGCGAGGAAGUUGAACCCCGAUGUGGCUUCCUUACUUGGUGAAAUCCGUUCUAGCAUUCGGUGCUUGGAAACAAGUCGUACAAGCCAACGAAAUGCCGCUGAUUCCACCAUGAUGGAUGUUUUACGGGACAUUAAGGGUAGCCUUGUUUCUAUUGAGGGAAGAACGUCGUCAGCUUCCCAACGACCUAGUGUUAAUAUGUUCGUGAUGAACAACUCUAAGAAGUCAGUCAAUGAGGAUAUUCUAAAUAGCUUGACGGGAGUUAGAAGGAGCGGAGAUAUUUCUAACCUGCCUAGAUCCAGCUCAAAAGGUUCUAUAGACAAAUGCAUGAGUGCGCCGAACCAAGAGUUGGCACAGUCGCGGAUCUCAGAGCAAAACGUCUCACCAAUGCCAGCAGCAUCGACAGAUCCCUACGUGCGGACAGCUCUGGACGAAAUCCGUCAGAGCAUGCAGCAGAUUAUGACCAACGCAUGCUCCGCGUCAGUGAACGUAGACGACCCGAAGUACAGUGAGAUAAGAGAGAGUAUUCUAACUCUUCAGCAAGACUUGCGCUGCCUUAUAGAUAAGCAGACGGAAGUGUCGGGACAGUUGUCACGCGAAUCUGGGACGAUGCAGCUGCAGGGGCUGUCGGAGGAGCUGGCGGACAUCCGAUCAGGAAUGAAGAGUUUGAUAGACACCAUCCCCUCCAUUGUCGAAGCUGUGCGCUCCGAGCAGGCGUCUAUAAGCGCGGGACAGCAGAGCCGGGGCUGUGCAUCGCCGCCACGUCGCCUACCCUCAGCGGAGAGUGUGGACGCCAAAGAGGCGGAUCUACAUUCCCCCAUGUGCAAAAAGGUGUUGGAGAUGCUGGAAGAGAUGAAGAAUGAGGGUGCGAUGGAAAGAGAGCUGUUGCGGUGCGUUGGAACUGCAUCUCCUGUGGCAGAAUGCCAGACAGGUGAGAUUCCCAACGUCGGUGGUACCCUUUCGACGCCGCCUGUGGCCCUGUGGAAGACUGAGCCCGUUGCGCCGGCCAGCAUAGGAUCGCCGUGUGUAGGACCUAGUGUUACAAUACCCGUCACCUCACCAAACCAACUGCCCUCUAGCUUCACUCUGAGUUUCGUGGGUCCCCAGCCACAGGCUCUGGAUCUGGCUCAACCAAUGAUCAUCAGUAUCAACGGACGCCACCCAAUUUGUGGGUUUUGUCUGCACUGUCUCGGCAUCAUGUCUCAGGGUGUAGGUUUUGGGAGUUCUAGCAUACAGGACCUUGACUAUGGGGCUCUUCAAGGACACAUCGAAAUGACGAAUUUAGAGGGCAAAGUUUCCGACGUUCGUCUUGCUCGGGUUAAUUGGCAGUCUUAUCUCCAAGGGCAAAUGAUUAGCCAGAGGCAGUUUGAUUUUAUAUCACACCUUGAUAACGCUACUACUGUGGAAGCUCGAGCUCGUGUAGUUAACGAAUUUAAGGGCGAGGUUGCGCAGCUGUCCGUUUCGAUCUUAAAUCGUAUUUCCAAGGAGCAGACUUUGCAGUAUUUGCUUUCUAUGAUGGACGACAUGUUAAAAGAGGAUACAUCUCGUGUUGAGUUGUUUCGUCGGUACUUCGACUCAAAGUCGGAGAAUAUCUGGAAUCAUUUCUUCAAUUUCCUUCAGCGAACUGAUCUUGUUUGCGUUUAUCAGGUAUCAAAGAUAAUCACCAAGUUCGCCUGUUGGUCCACUCAACAAAUCGACGAAAAGUCGCUAAUUUACUUCUUUGGUUGGCUUCUCGAGAACCUUCAAAAGCCCGGCAACGAGUAUUUGCAAACAAUAGCUCGUAAUUUGCAGAUGCUUCUUCGUGUACGCGAUUAUCGCAGUACUUUUGUGACUAAACAGGGUGUUGAUGUGCUUAUCAAGGUGUUGUCUAACAGGGAGACUAAUUGUGAACUUCACUACAAGCUCAUUUUCUGCCUCUGGUGUCUCAGUUUUAAUGCCAACUUGGUGCAGGUUAUGGUGAAAAAUCCGACCCUUCUGCCUGCCGUUUGCGAUGUCUUUUGUGAUGCUGAGCGAGAGAAGGUUCUGCGAAUUUGCAUGGCCUUUCUGCGAUCCGUGCUAGAGAAGUUAGACGAUCCGGUGGUGAUGCGCGAGUGUUCCCUGCGGAUGGUACAGUGCAAGGCUCUCAAGCGUCUGGAACUCCUCUCACAGAAGGAUUUCAGCCAUGACCCUGAGUUGACUGAGGAUCUUAAGUUUCUACAGGAGACAUUGAAGGCAAGCGUGCAGGACGUGAGCAGCCUAGAGGAGUACACCACGGAGCUGACCUCGGGUCGGCUGGAGUGGUCGCCGGUGCACAAAUCGGAGAAGUUUUGGCGCGAAAAUGCCGUUAAGUUUACCGAGAACAACUACGAACUGCUUAAAAUGCUCGUCUACCUGAUGGAGAGCUCAACGGAGGCGGUGAUUCUCUCAGUGGCAGCUCAUGACGUGGGCGAAUUUGUGCGCCACUACCCGCGAGGCAAACAGGUUAUUGACCAGCUUGGCGGAAAGCAGGUAGUAAUGUCGCUGUUGCAGCACAAUGACCCCAGCGUGCGCUACAACGCACUGCUGGCGCUGCAGAAAAUCAUGGUGCACAAUUGGGAAUACCUGGGCAAACAGUUGGAGACCCAGAAGACGGCGCCGGCAGCGUCCUCGGCCUCGGUGGCGAAAAUGAAAUAG